AACUGUGUUUAAAUAUAUUUGGUAUGUAAACUUCUGAAUUCAACUGUACCUGCUUGAUUUAUUUUUAAAUGUAGUUUUUUGUAUUUGAGGCAUGAAUGAUGUCUGUAUUUAUGUAUACUAAAUAAUUAACUUUGGUAAUUUCAGUGUCCGUCAAUUUUAUAAGUGAAAGCAUUUGGUUAGUCCUAACCAGACUUGUGUUUUCACCUCACCAUGAACGAAGGAGGCUUGUCCUAACCAGACUAAUUGUCAAAAUAUGGUAAUCAAUUGAAUUAGAUGUGCCGAUGCAAACAGAAUGAAUGAUGGGGGAAUUAGUGAGUUCUCACAAACUAACAUACACAUUUUACAUUCCAAGGUUAAUUACAGAGCUGAUACAUUUAGGACACACUAAAUACAUCAUAUUCCAGAUUCUGUUUUAGCCAUGAAUGUCAUUCCAGAAGACAAUCAUAUAGGUUUGUGUGUGUGUGUGUGUUGCAACUGUUUAACUCUAACCCAAGACGGGGCAAAACAAGACAUCUCUACAUACUGGUAUUUACAUGCCAAACUACCUUCAGUAUCCGGUCACCGUCCCACCCUUCCAUAUCAAAUCUAAUUGGAAAGCUCAAUAUAGUUUCCAUAAAUGAUGAUUCUGGUUUUACUUGUUACCGUUGAUACUCACCAAUCUGGAUGCCAUUUGCGCGCGAAUGCUUUCGCAUUCCGGUGUGCGCUCUAUAAAAUUGUCGGGGAUGAGCGUGCAGACAUUGCAGAUCUGACAACCGAGAAAGCACAACAGCAUUGCUGCACCAGACGUUUCCAAGUCAGCAUCCACAAGACGAGGCAACGGAGAAAAUCUACCAUGUCAGAAGAAAUAAUCCACACCACCUACAAGCACAUGGAAGUAUCCGGGAAGAUAGCAGCAGUCAAAAAUUCCUUAUCUCCAAACCAACUAGUCAUCAUUGUCAAGGACAUGCAAAAUACUGAGAAAAUCAAUCAUGAAGUGACCGUCUACCACUUGAGAAGGGAUUCGAAAUCUGUUGAAUUGGCGUUCAGUUUCAUGCAUAAUAAUCAGCGACUUUUCUCUGUUGUCGACGGGGACGAAGUGAAGCUAGAGAGGAAACCAGACGUGCAGACAGCCAUACUAGACAAGAGAUGCCUGUUCCAGUGGCAUAAGAAGUCAGGGGAGUGGGGCAUCCUGAAAUCUGUGGCGGAACCUCAAAAGUCCCUCUGUAUCGUCGACGACAAGGUCACCGUCGGCCCGCUGGAAAAUAUGGUUACAUUUCGUCUGACGUCAAAGUGAAUCAGUACAUUAGACAUGUUGACAGUGUCUGCAUAGAUAACCGGCUUGUCUUCCGGGGUCAGAAAAAUACUUGUCUUAGUGAAUUAUCCCUUUAAAUAGGAUGAUAAGCAUCUUUGAUUAUUACAGGCCACUAUUAUAUCCAGGCUUACGUGUACUUUAGUCAAGCAAAACCUGUUGUGAAAGGUACUACCCUGCUUACAGACACCUGCACACUCAACAUCAAGAUCCAGUACAUAGUUUGUCUGAGAAUUCAAUUCUAAAUACAAGUUGAAUUACUUUGUAAAAGGAAUGAUGGGAGAGAGAGAGAGAGAAAAACACUGUAUAUAGACAUAAUUACAUUUGAAAUGUCGUAAUUCUUUUGGAAAUUCAGUGUAAUUUUGUUUUUAACUUUUGUUAUUGAUUUCACUUCCUUUUGGCAACGUGAACAUGUUUCCCAGGGGGAGGGAGGGAAAGACUUUUAUUAAAGAAUGUGAAACAAUA